UCUUAUUCAAAAUUUAAUAUCAAUGGCUCCCAGAGUCAAUUUUGACAGGGAACAAAACCAGGUACUUUUCUCAGGAAGUUCUUCUGUGAAGUUAGUCAUACUAAACAGACCUCGGAAGUUGAACAGCCUUAACCAUCAAAUGAUAGUUCAAAUAAAAAAUAAUUUAGGGUUGUAUGAGAAUGACCCUUCAGUCAAACUUGUGAUAUUAAAGGGUAAUGGAAAAGCUUUUUGUGCUGGUGGUGAUAUAGAAUCAGCGCUUACAUGUUCAAUAACAGGGCACUGGACCUAUGCUGCUAGCUUUUACAAGAAACAACUUACUUUGAACCAUUUGAUAGCAACCUAUAAAAAGCCUAUGGUCUCUUUGAUCAAUGGAGUAAUGAUAGGAGGAGGAGCAGGUCUAUCUAUGCAUAUGAGGUUCAGGGUUGUGACUGAAAAAGCUGUUUUUGCAAUGCCAGAGGCAUCUAUAGGACUUUCUCCAGAUGUAGGAGCCAGUUACUUCCUUUCUAGACUUCCUGGCUAUUUUGGGGAAUAUCUAGGGUUGAGUGGAGCACGUUUGGGUGGAGCAGAAAUAGUAGCAUGUGGUUUAGCCACACACUUUGUGCCUUCAAUGAAGCUGAAGCCAUUGGAAAAUGAUUUACAAGUUGUUAAUUCUCCAAAUGUUUCAACAAUCACUGCACUACUACAAAAGUUCACAGACAAACCAAAUGUGGAAGAAGACAGUCCUCUUAGGAGAUUGGAGACUAUAAACAAUUGUUUCUCAAAAGAGACUGUGGAAGAAAUCAUUACUUGUUUGGAAAAGGAAUUAGAAAAUGGAGCAGAAGAGUGGAUAAAAAAUGCAUUAAGUUCAAUGAGUUCGUCUUGUCCUUUAAGCCUCAAAAUAUUUCUUAAAUCGAUCAGAUUGGGCCGUGUUCAAAACUUUAAACAAUGCCUUUACCGGGAUUACAUAAUCGGUGCUCACCUGCUAAGAAGAACUGUUAGCAAUAAUUUCUAUGAGGGUUCAAGAGCAAAGCUGUUUAGCAAAGACAACAAACCAAAGUGGGAACCAUCGAAGUUAGAAUUGGUUAGCGAUGAAAUGGUUGAUCAGUGUUUGAGAAAUAUCGACGACGAGGAUUUGGAGUGUUUGGAACUUCCUGAUCAUAGAAUUGAAAGCAGAUUGUAG